GAAGCAAAAGGAACCAGAGCAGCAAACAAACAAAAUACCUAUAUAGGUACCUCUUUAUGAAUCGCAGUCGUUGAUAAAGUUUUAUGUUUUAUGACAUUGUAAUUCAUUUUCACAUUUCAAUAUCACACAUAUUUAAUAAUGUCGCUCAAUACGGCGCACGCAGAUCAUGGAGUAUUGAUACAUGCCGGAGAAUGUAUCAUAUUAUUUUCUGAUAAUGUGAAUGUGGACUUCUAUGGUAAUGAGACAGGGGAGUUCAAGGGCACUAAAACUGGUCGGAUGUACUUGACCACUCACCGGCUGAUCUACAACUCCAAGUCCAAUUCUGAUCCUAUGAGGUCAUUCAGCUUCCCAUUUAUUGCAUUGCAGGAUGUGACAGUAGAACAACCAAUGUUUUCUGCAAAUUUCAUUAAAGGGAAAGUCCGAGCACAACCCAAUGGGAAUUUCAUUGGUGAAGUCAAGUUCAAGCUGACUUUCAAGGCUGGAGGCGCCAUAGAGUUCGGAACAGCUAUGUUGAAAGCUGCUCACAUUGCGUCCCGAUACAACCCGGGCGCGUCUCCGCCGCCGUACACGCCGCCCGCCGGCCCGUGGUACGCCGCGCCGCCGCCCGCCUACCAGCCGCCCGCCCAGGGAUAUUAUGGAUGGGUGCCGCCUUACUCAGCUUUCCCGGACCAGCCGCCACCAAAUUCAGUUUUUGUGUCGGACAACCCUCCGCCGUACCCCGGCGUGACCGGCGUGGCUGGCCAGGGCGUCGGUUUCUCUGGCGGUCAGUCAGGCUUCGCUUCUAAUGGCAUGGGCGCCCCGCCAGGGUACCCUGGAAAUGCCAGUGCCCCGGGCUACCCCCCGGGCAACGCCAGUGCCCCGGGCUAUCCCCCCGGCCCAGCGGACAUGCCCCCGGGCUACCCUGGCGGGUUCGUAACACCCGGAGCCCCGGCUGGCAUGUCAUCUAGGGACGCCAAAGCGGCGGAAGCUGCGCAGAGCGCGUACUACGACCCCAACCGGCCGCAGACCGCAUAUGUGCCGCCGCCCUACGACCAACCCCCGACGUAUCAAGAAUCUACAUCAAAGAAAACAAACUGAAGCAUUGCCCGCAUUACCACAUGAUGUCGGACCAGGGAUGAUGCUUUGAUCACACAAACACAGCAAAUUCGACAUCAUUUUAUAAGUACUAUUUAAUUUUCUUUUAAAAUGUGUAACAUUCCUUAUAACUGUUUGAAAUCUAUUUUAAUUUUAAUCAUUAUUUAACUAUGUAAAGAAUGCUUUAUGAACUGGCUAUAAAUUAUAUAUAAAAAAGAUUCGACAAAUGACUAAUUUGUUGGAAUAAAACGUCAUAUAACACACGUGCAUUGAUCAUUGCAUACUCGGUCUUAUUUUAGCGGUUGCCUCGUGUGAUAGUCCCGCCUAGUAUCCAUUAUCCAACAUUUGUACCUACGCUUGAAUCAUAAUGCACUACUAAAGUACAGCAGUCAAUUUAGAGAUAUAUUGCUUGCACAGUGAUAAAGGUACCCAAAAAUACUUAAUUUUGAUCUGAAAAUCGUCAACCGAUUUUCAAAGCGUCAUCAUUCAUUUCAAUUCUCCACAUGAAAACUAUACAUAUAUGGAAAGCGACGAUCUUGAUAUAUAAAUACCGUCGUUUUUCCUACGUAUUGAUAAAUAUUUAGAGCACAUAAAGAUUUUCGUUCAUAUAAACAUAUAGCCUAUUGAACACCGAUUCUGCCACCAGUGUUAAAUUAGUAUCUAUACAUUAUGAGUAUUAAAUAUGAUUAUGAUUGUUUUAUUGUUCUAAAUUGUAUUGUUUAUAUGUAGCUAUAUAAUCGUUAAAAAAUAAAGCGCUUCUGUAAAGUAAUAA